AUGCGAGGGGAAGCAAGGCACGGACGCUUCGUGGCGGGAUGUGACAUGGAGCAGGCGAGGGAGGCGUUCUCGGGCCGCGACUACCGGCUGGCGGCGGAGAUGUACGAGCGGUGCGCGCGCGAGCGGGGCGGCUGGACGGCGGAGCUGGCGCAGGGCUACGCCAACUCCCUGGCUCGGUGCGGCCGCCUCAAGGAGGCCCUGGACGUGUGGGCGCACUGCGGCCGGCCGCCCCCGGGCCCGGACCGCCUCCGGCACCUCGCCGCAGCGCUGGCAGAGGCCGUGACGGCCUCGCCGCCCCCGCCGCCCCCGCCGCCCCAGCAGCUGGCGUGCCCCGGGUGCGACGGCGUGCUGCUGGUGCCGGUGACCGCCCCCUGCGGACACACGUACUGCCGGCGGUGCGCGCCGCGGGGGCCGUGCCGCGUGUGCGGCCACAAGGCGGGGGCGGCGGCCCUGGAGACCAACAUCCUGGUGCAGGACCUGGUGGAGAAGUGGUGGCCCGACCAGCUGGCGGCGGCGCGCCUGCGCAACGAGGGCAACGAGCUCUUCCAGAAGAACCUGCUGGAGCAGGCGCUCGCCAAGUACGACGAGGCGGCGCAGUUCGCCCCUGAGGACCACCUGCUGCUGAGCAACAGGUCGCACGUGCUGAGCCGCCUGGACAGGCCUCAGGAAGCCCUCGUGGACGCCGACACCGCCGCCAAGCUGCGGCCUCGCUGGGGCAAGGCGCACUUCCGCCGCGGCGUGGCGCUGUCGGCGCUGGGCCGCCACGAGGAGGCGCUGGUGGCGUUCUGCGCGUGUCUGGCGGCCGACCGCAACCCCUGCGCCGUGCGGCACGAGCUGCUGCAGUCCCUGCACAGGCUGCUGGCCGCGCAGGCGCAGUCCUCGCCGCGCUGCCGCUCGCCCGCCGCGUCCCCGCAGCCACAAGCCCCCGCCCCCGCCCCCGCCGCCGCCGAGGACGUGACCCAGGCGGCACUCCGAUGUAUGCCAUUGAACUGCGUGUCUACGACUGUUCAAGAAAAUUCGAAACUGCACAACGUGAUAGAUCGCAUAUCCCAGGAGGUCGACAGGAUCAGAAAGCUGGAGCCGAGAGGGACGGACCUGCCCGUGGAUCCCCGGAGAGUGGAGCCCGCGGACCUGGACUGCGUGCUGUGCUGCCGGACGCUGUGGCGGCCCGUGACCACGCCGUGCGGCCACACCUACUGCUGGAUGUGCCUGGACCGCUGCCUCGACUACAGCUACGCCUGCCCGCUCUGCGUCACGUCGCUCGCCGAGUACCUGACCUGCAUGCAGAAGAGCAUCACGGAGUUCGUGGACGGCGCGAUGCGGCGGCUGCUGCCGGCGCAGUACGCGGCGCGGCAGCUCGCGCACCGCCAGGAGGUGUCUCAGCUGCUGCUGUCGUGCGGCGAGAGGCAGCCGCAGAUCCCCGUGUUCGUGUGCACGUCGUCCUUCCCGGGCGUGCCGUGCCCGCUGUUCGUGUACGAGCCGCGCUACCGCGUCAUGGUGCGCCAGUGCGUGGAGGCCGGCACGCGCCAGUUCGGCAUCGCCCCGUGCCUCAGCAAGGAGGCCGGCGCCAAGAGGUACGCGGACUUCGGCACGAUGCUGGAGAUCCGGGACUGGGUGCUGCUGGGGGACGGCUGCUCCAUCCUCACCACGGUCGGCGUGAGCAGGUUCAAGGUGCUGGGGCGCGGAGAGAAGGACGGCUACGACACGGCGCAGGUGGAGUUCCUCAAGGACCAGCCCGUGCCGCCGGAGCGGUACAGCGCGGUGCGGGAACUGCACGAGCGCGUGCGGCAGAAGGGCCGCUCGUGGUUCGGCACGGUGCUGCCGGCGGUGCAGGCGGAGAUUGUGCGCACUUUCGGCGCGAUGCCGGCCGUGGAGGAGGACUGGGCGCAGCUGGCCAACGGCCCGGCGUGGGCGUGGUGGCUGCUCGCCAUCCUGCCUCUGGGGCAGAACCUCCAGGUGGGCAUCCUGGCGACGGUGAGCCUGGAGAAGCGGCUGCGGGCCAUCGAGAAGACCCUGGACUACAUCCAGCGGGUGUCGGGCGGCGGCGGCGGUGGGGGCGGGGAGGGGAGCGGCGGGGGUGAGGCGCGGCGUGCCACGGACCACCACAACCAUCGCAGCCCCCCCCACCACCACUCCCCCCACCACCACCACCCCCCGCAGGCGGGCGGCAGCCGGCAGGAGCCGCGGGCGGGCCUGUUCUCGCGACGCAGCCUCCAGCGCCUCAGCACGCAGAUGAUGAUGAUGCACACGGAGCAGUCGGCCGGCGGCCGUCUCGUGGCCGAGGAGAGCUCGUAGCACGGCGUCUUGGUUCCCUCGCUGGAGACCGGGGAAAUUCACUCUUUUAUUCCUCGCUGCACGCCGUCUCAUGCUUGUGUUGCAGUGUACUGCUUGUGGCAUGCGCCGUUGCCGUGUUUCCAACAUGUUACGAAGAAGUUUGGUAUUCUGAGUACAUGAGAAGCAUUUUACAAAUCCUUUCUUAGUAAUUUAUAAUGUUUUAGGCCUAUACCUACCUACUCUCACGCUCAUAAAUCCGUUAUGAAGUAAGGAACUAUUCACACAUUUUCAGUGAUACGAAUUCAGACAAAAAUUGUAAUGUUCACUUGUUAAAUAAAUACACACAAUAUCCAAUACCUUCAGUUUCAAAUGCAUAUAAAUAAAUGCACAAAAAUCCGAUACCUUAAAUUUCACACACCUACUAUAUUUGGCGACAGCACCUGCAGUAACAAGGUCAGCCCUUAUGGCAAUCGGCCUGUGUCGGAAAGAGAGAGAAAGCACCCGUUAAUUUCCACACUGCAACCUAAGAGAGGGACGCUCUAAAGGCUUAACUUAAAAAAAAAAUUUGUUUAUGUAACUGGACAGAAUUUAAUUUAAUGCGCCCUGCAGAACCUUGUCUGCUUCUGGGUAAUCUUCAGCUGUAUCAGAUUUUCAUUUCUGCAAUUGUCAGUUAUUUACUUAUGACUUGCUAUAGCUAUGUCACAAACCACCUGGUGUAAACGAUGACAAAUCUGCUUCUUUACAUAUGGUCUUCAAAAGACCCAUGCUUUCGGUGAAUUAUUUAAUUGAUUUAGUUAGUUUUCUGCAGUACAUAUUAUAUUGAACUAAUCAGUGGGACGAACCAUUACAUUUUUUUCAUGUUAACAACUUAGCUCUCAGUUUAAGGCAUUUAGUAGGAGUAAUUCCGUGGAUGGAACGGAAGUCGCAUGGAACUGAAAUGUGCAAUCUAGAUGCUGCCUUGUGUUGCGCAUGGCGCAAAACAAAGUUCACAAAGCCAAAGGGAAACGUAGUAUUAACUGUUUAAUGAAUUUUAACAAGGUGGGCAGAAUUUUAAUAAAACUUUUUGUCGAAAAUCAUGUCCAAAGCCCGGGUUUAGAAUUUUUUUCAAGUCUUUUACGCUUUUAUCGGAUUCAUUGCAAUAUAUAGUUUAACCUUUCAGUCUACAAAUGUAAUGAUUCAAUAGUUGAUGCAGCUACUACGGCAGCGAAUUCUAGGGGUAGGUGUGGAAACUGCGCCUGAUUCGUGUCCAGAAAUGUAAUUGAAAACACAAUUUGAGUAUAUUUAUCAUGCUUGGCAUCAUUUUAAAUAAUUAUAUGUUAAAUUAUUAUCCGGUUUCAUAUUAUAAGUGUAUUUGCAAACAUGAGAACAAAUGAAUUUACUCAUUAGAGAAGUUAGAUGUUACACAUCUGUAACAAGUACUGAAAGACUCACUCAAAAUAUUUUUUUUUUUAAUUCAGCUUUGCGAAGUGCUAUGACUUUAUUCAACCUGUACAGUGUACCAACUUGCAUAUGUCAUGACACAUGAUUUCGACAAUUAUGUUGGCAAGUGUUCACUGUUCAAACCAGAACUUGAGUGCGUGCUGUACCACAAUAUUCACUCCGUUAUCCUAAUCAGCACUGAAGUCAGUCAGGGUUAACUGAACCCACCAGUGACAGGAAGGAUAGUUGAACCUCUUUCCUGAACAGAUCUGUUUGACUGUGGCUUCCCAGAAGAAACUGCAGUGGCCUCACUCUGAUCUUAAAUUAGCCUGCAAGUUACAUAAACACGUGAAUUUUCCCUGUCUCCUACGUACGAGCGAUUUGUUGGAACGCAACAGGGCGGAUAAGUUACGUCAGGCCGCGCGCCCGCUUUUUCGAGGAAAUUGAUGUUUUCUCUCGGCUCUUUAUUUAUAAGUUAUUUCCAUUCAUUGACCUGUCGGUCUUUUAAUUUGAAUGUAUUCCUUAGCAACUUUCAACUUGUUGAAAAAUAUGUAUAAAUAUAACUUAUGUUUAAUUUAUUAUUAUUUGUAUUUAUGCCAAAUAGCACAGAUGCCUUGAGUCAUGUGCUGUGAUUUAGCUUUCUGCAAAGCCUGUCUUACAGGAAACAUUAUUUGUGCUGUUAACUAAGUCUGAUCGACUGGAGCGAAUUUCGAGCUCUUGUUCAGGUAUGAUAGUAUGUAUGCAUAACUUAUAUUGUCACGUGCACCUAGCCGGUGCCACCGCCAUUUCUGUCACGAUCCACUUUCAGAGGGGGGAGAGAAUCGUAGCUCUUUACAUAGAAACAACUCGCUUGGCAUCAACUAGUCUUAACUUCAUAAAAUACUUUACUGUACCUAGGAUCAUAGGUUCGUCAUCCCGUACAGGAUGUCUGGUGAGAGCUGAACUAAGGAGAUUUUGCAAAAUAACAUAAUACUUAAUUAAAAUUAUUUUAUUCUUAAAGUCAAAUACUCAACAUCAUUUUAAAGAACAUUUAAAUAGCGGGAUUACAAUUUAAAACAAUAAUCUCUUUACUUCCUUAACGAUUGAACGACCUUACAAGAGAGAGAAUGAGAGAACUUCACUAAACACUUCCCUAGUCCUUCCGAAUACCUCAAAUCAUAAUUAAUACUUAAAAUUAAAACAAAGAUAAGUCCAUACUCACAUUUUCCGAAAAGCCUUUCUUGAUCGAUUACUUUAAAAAAAUAACGUAGGGGCCUCUCCUGCCCUUGAAAUCCCGAACGAACAUUACAUUUUAAAAACUAUGACGCGUGACCCCUGACGAGGGCCAUAGCCUCCGCCCGAAAGCUUGACGACUACAUUAUGACCUAACUUAAAUUAAACGACUCGUGGCCUCUGGCGUCGACCAUAGCUUCCGCCCGAAAGCUUGAAUUCCUACAUCACGAACGAACUAACAACUCGUGACCACAGGUGAGACGCAUAGCCUCCGCCUGAGUGAGCCCCGAGUCACCAAUCACUUGCGCUUAAAUUCGCGCGCCCUGCCGCGCCUACCAUAACAAAAGCUCGUUAUUGAAGUCAAAUUUACUAAACAACUAACUAGAACAUCUGGGAAGACUACCCCCCCUCUACCCCAAUGUGCAGGCCACACCGCGCGGCUUGUUACGACAGCGCGCCCCAGUAACUGCGGCCCGUGGCUGCGCCAGCGCGCGGCCAAACAAACAAACAAAAUUCUGCAAGCCCGCAGCGCGCCGCGCCGGCCCCGUGCCCCAAUUACAUGGUCACGCCACUUGCGCUGACGAGUGAACAGAGCAGCCAGCCCAGAGUCCCGUCAGUAAAGUCCCUAAAUUUGAUUUCAACAACCCUGCAAAAUUUCAACCCGCGACAUAACCCUCCCCUCACAGAGCUCGAGCCCCAUCGAGCUACCUCAAAAUUACAAAUUGUCUUUUUCCAUUAAACCAUAACUAUAAAUUCCUCAUUUCACAAAAAUAAUAAUUUUCUUAGUUCCUUGCUGUCUGAACAUACAUCUAGAUUCUGCAUAAGAUUUAUUUUAAAACAACAAGUAUUCAUAAAAUUAAAUGUAAAACUUUUAUCUGGUUUGUUCUCACAGGAACCUUCAGAGGCUCGAGUUCUCAAUUCUAAAAAAAUUGUUCUGUUAGUGAAGCUCUCUUUACAAAUUAAAUUACUGUUCUUAGUUUCUCAGUAUUCGUUAAACAAUGUGCAAAUUCUUGAUAAUUAUUAUUAUUAUUUUUUUUUCGGUUUCCGUUUAUUACCAUACUUCUUUCGUUCUUCAAAAAAAAUUAAGUGUCCUUACAGUGUUUCAAUUAAUUAAACUCUUAUCUCGUGAAGGUUGGUGCAACUCCUCGAAGUCAGUGUUGUCGAGAAGAGUAGCUCCCUGGGCUGGCCAUCAGCAAACACCACUCAACUCCAACAGCUACUGGACUGGCUUCCAGGGCAGCUCACAACUUCUCCCCACAUCUGCUUCGGAGUUGUGCCAUCCUCAUCACGAACAGAUUACAAUUCUGAAACAUCAUCAACAGGCAUUACCAUCACGCCUGACAAAUACAAAACUAACUACUAAACUGCAAUCGAUGGGCAAGGAUGCAAACACACAAAAAAAUAAAAUUAAUUAAUACAACUGCUAACAUAAAGUAUCCCACCCUUAGCAUAAUCUAAUCAGGCAAAUAAUUUGAUAGGAAAAACUUAAGGAAGGGAAACAUGACCUCCAAUGAUUUUCCCUAACUCUUGAGUCUUGAUCUUCUCUAUACAGCAAAUAGUCCCCACGAAGUAACUGGGUUGAAGGUCAGUUCACAUGACCCACCCAUAACCUCUUCUACUCUUCUUUUCUUCUGGGGGCAACCACAAUGCCCACCAAUCUCUCUCCAUGGUGCCGAACCAGCUAUCCCAUGAGAGUAAACAACGUAGUCAAUAGAAGCGCAGAGGGGAAACACCAAUCUCUGGCUUGUCGAGUCAUAAAACUGCUUUAUCUUCUUCUUCUUCUGAGUAAAAAUAUCUGACUAACCUUGCUUCUAUUCUUCCAAACAGUAAAAGUUCAUCAGGUAUCUUCAUGAAAGAAACAUUCUAACUAAUAAUUCUUCAUUUUUCUUCUUCUUUAUUUCUGUUAGUUGUAAUAGAAGGCCAUGUUAGGGAGGUUAUAGGGAAAAAGAGUGGCCAAUUCCCACCCCAUCACCCACCUAGAUCAUGACUAAUUAACUUUUAAACUUUCUAUUUCAAACAAAUAAAAAAAAAACAUUUUUUUUUUUAUUCAAACUUUUAAACUAUAAUUACUUUUACUUCAUAACCUCAAAAGCUAAUCAAUAAUUCUAAAUGAAAUUGUGAUUUACUGCAUCCUUGUUCCAUCCGAUCUGUUUGUUUAUAACCUUUCUUGUAAAGUAUAAAAUUUUCAAACAUUACUAAUUCAAAAAAAAAUUAAAUUCUGGUGUCCUUUGAGUUACAAUUAACUUUACUAUUUCUUAGCUUGAAAUAAUUUAAGUUUUCAGAACUAUUUCAUUGUCUAAUUCACAACACUUAAAAAUCAACUCAAAACAACAAAUCAUCAAAAUCAAUAAGAUCAUCUGACCUACCUAUCAGUACUGUGAACUUGAACUGUUCGUACACAUUUAUAAUAAGCUAUUGUAUUUAAAUUCCAACCUAAAUAAGGUUUAAAAAAAACUACUAAUCCCUCUGUAAAUUAAGAAAAUUAACUUUAAAAAUUAAACUUAAGGUAUUAGUUCUUUUUGACAGCUACCACAACUCACUAGUUCCAUUACAUUACUAUAACCUAAAAAGUUCUGUAAAUAAUGUUUAUAACAAAAAAAAACUCCAGUUACUGUCUUCCAUAAAAAAAAAUAAAACUUUACAUGACCUUAUUAAUCUCCACUUGUAAGUCCAUGGCUGCCAGCUUUCUCUUCUCUUGAAUCUUCAGUCUUGGCUCUUGUUUCAGUGAUCUUGUAUCUUGUCUCUCGAACUCUUGUCAUCUUGUAAACUGGACUGCUGCUCAGCUCAUCUUAAGGAAUCUGUAACAGUUUCAAAAAUACAUGUUAAUUUAAAUUACAUAAUUCCUGUUCUUUGGUCCUAAAAAAAACAAUUGUAUUAUUAGUACACAUUACCCUGAAACAACAUUAUUAUUCAUUGUUUAUUACUUAAAAAAAAUGCUUUACCAUAAAAUCCUUUUUUGUUCUUUUCAUUAGGCCUAUUUAUUUUCCUUCUUCUUAAUUAAAUUCUGCUUCAAAUGUUAAUCCUAACUUAAGACCUACCAUCUAUUUAUUAUUCAUUACCUACAUUAUUUAUGUUACCCUAAAAUUCCCAUAAGUUUCUAAUACUUCCUAUCAAAGACAUUCUCUCUCAAAAAAAAUUUACUUAUGACUCUUAACUUAACAAACUUAAAAAAAACUUUUACACUAGACUUAACUUAUUAUUCAUUCUUAGUUACUAAAUUUC